AUGACAGGGUCGCAGUUUGGUGGCCUCAGUUCCAUCAUCGUCACACCGGAUGGAUCGGAAGUCCUCACUGUAUCCGACCGAGGGCUAUUCGUGGGGAUGAACCUUUCGUCGACUCGCGAUGCUGUAGAGUAUGAUGUUAAGGAGGCCUUGUUGUUCCCUAUGCAUGACCCACAAGGGCAGACCAUACCAUUCGGGUCUAUUGAGGGUGACGCGGAAGGCCUGACCGUGAAUGGCAGGUAUGAAGGUGGUGGUAAGGGCGAGUUGUACGUCAGCUAUGAGGGAGAUCAUCGCGUGUUGAGAUUCUUGGAAGGGGUCGGCUCGCCGAGGAGCACGAAUUUGAAUGUAUCGAACCUUCUCACCAACUGCCCAAGCAAUGGUGGACUGGAGGCCAUACUCAAGCAACAGCCGUCAGCAGGCAGGGACGGCUUACUACUAAUGCUAUGCGAGGAGCCUCCCAUCUCGUCCACGACAGAUCUACAGGGUCGGAUGGUCCUUCCAGGCUGGGCGUACAAUGAGACCUCCAAUGAGGUGAAGCGCUUCUUCGUUGAGUCCAAUCAAUCUUUCUUCCCGACGGACUUUGGAGAGCUCAACAAUGGCGACCUUAUGAUCCUCUUCAGAAGAUUCGUCCCGAAUGAGGGUAACGGGAUGAGGAUAGGGUAUAUCACGAAGGCAGAGCUACAAGAAGCCCUCGCUAAAGGGGAGACUAUGAAGCCAUUCAUUAUUGCGGAGAUCUUUUCAAGAGAUGGGUAUAAUAUUGAUAAUAUGGAGGGCUUAGCCGUCAGAGAUGAUCCGCGUACAGGACGUAUAUUCGUUUAUGUUAUCAGCGAUAAUAACUACAACGAAGUCGGGCAAAAGACAUUAUUGUCAACGUUCGAAUGGACAGCUACUGCCGCUACCCCUUCCUUGGCCGUCCCCUCACUGGUCCUCUACCGUGUCUUGUCUUAUCUCUUGCUCAUUCCCGCUUGCUUGAUCUGGUCAACCCUCCAUUGA